AUGCAGUGUAGCACUUCAUUUGGCAAGACAGACCCCCACCUCCUGUUCACUGGGUCCUGGACUCUGGGUGCUUCAGGCCUGGCUGCCUCUGCUGAGCCCGACAGCGACACGUGCGUCCCCUGCAUGUGGCGGGCUGGGGUCCAGGCCUGCCGGGCUCCCGCAGGGUGCAGGCUGCAGGGUGCAGGCUGCAGGGUGCAGGCUGCAGGGUGCCGCCGGGCCCGGCCCCGCGUUAGGGUUAGGGCGCAGGAUUCGGCUUCCCGGCGGCAGAGGGCGCCUGGCGCCGCGGUCCCGCGCCCCGGAGCCGCCCGCGAGGCGCGAGCAGAGGCGAGGCGGGCGAGCGGCGGCCCCUGCCACGUACCCGGCCGUGCGCGGCGGCGGCAGGUGGGCGCGGGGGCUGCGGGGUGCGCGCGGCUGCGAGCGGGGCCUCGGCGAGCGGGGCCGGGAGGCCGGGGCGCCGCGGGGGCGCGCGCCGGCGGGCGGGACGGCUUUGCGCUCCCCGCCGCGUCUGCCUUCCGGGCCGGGCCGGGAAAAGUUGGGGCGGCUCGCUGGCCCCGGGGGCCGGGCGGGAAGUGCGGCGCGGGCGGCCGAGGCCCCGCGCGGACACGCGGACACACGCGCGGCCCGCAGAGGGGCGCGCGUUUGCAGGUGGCGGCGGGCGGCCGGGGAACCCAGGCAGGCGGCGGGGACGGACUGGCCUCUUCCCCGCUGCGGCCCAGGGGCCCGGCCCGGAGUUGGGGGCCCCUCGUGGCGUCCGGGGCCCCCGUGGGGAAGGAACUGAGUGUGGUUUCCUGCGUCGCGGGCUCCAGGACCGCCCCUCCGGGUGCCUCGUUCACCGCACCCUGCGGUGCGUUGGUCCUGGGGAAGUUGAGCCGGCCGCCGAGCGAACGGAGUCACAAGGUCACCCUGACGGGAAGUCAGCUGACUGUCACCAUCACUGAAGCAGCAGCUCCUGAGUGUGAAGAAAAGAGGUCCCUGCCUGGACAGAGGAUUGCGGCCCUCCCUCGAGACCUCUCUGGACGUAUCUUCCCAGCAUCCUCCAGCAAAGAUGCGUCAGCUCAAGGGGAAGCCAAAGAAGGAGACGUCCAAGGACAAGAAGGAGCGCAAGCAGGCCAUGCAGGAGGCCCGGCAGCAGAUCACCACGGUGGUGCUGCCCACCGUGGCUGUGGUGGUGCUCCUGAUCGUAGUGUUUGUGUACGUGGCCACGCGCCCGGCCGUCACCGAGUGAGCACCUCCGUUCCAGCUCUCCUCUAGAGAUGUCUACAGUGCCGAGCUCCAAGCAGGAGUGCCCUGUCUUCUCUGGUCUUUGACUUGACUAAAAUUUCUCUACUUGUUUGGGGGAGGGAAUAGGGAGCAUUUUAUCAGUGAAUGUGCCAUACACCUGAUGGUCCACUUCAUGUGCCUUUCAGACUUCAAAGCAGAGUGUGUGUGCGUGUGUGCGUGUGUGCGUGUGUGCGUGUGUGUGUGUGUGUGUGUGUGUGUGUGUGUGUGUGCGUGUGUUUCUUUCCCCCCUGAAAUCGAUGCAGAGCUGCACCCGGGGAGUGGAGGACUCUCUGGGUGAGGCUGUUGGAAUCAGCACCGCCCUCCCUCCCAUUCCUACAACAUGCUUUCCUGCUCUCAUUCACAACUACAGGGGACAGCAUUUCUUCUCUGUGCUUGAUGGGAUUUGAAAUAUGUUAACUCAAAGUGAAAUAUUUAUUUUUUGAAUAAAGGAGAUAAUAGUCUUAAACUGG